ACGUAACUUCCAUCAUAACCGGACAAUAAUACCCUUCAGCAUCUCAAAAUCGAUUCCCUCUACGACAUAUAAGUAGCGAGUAUUUUUCUAAAAGACAAGGGUAGUACGGUCAUCAAAUAAAUAAAUUUCUAGAAUUCAACGGCUUCUACUUUCAGGCCAGGGACUCCAAGCGCGCACUUUCCCUGUUUAUAUUUUCCUUCACUUUCCCUCGAAUCUUCUUCUUACUCUCUGGAAAUUUGUACAUUCCCCAUUUGCCUCUCCAAAUUCAUCAUCUUCUACAGCUAUGUUGAUGUCCAGGGUGGUUUUGUCACGCGUAUCGAGGGGCCUGAGCCAAAGCUCUCUGCUUCUGUUUUCUCCUUCGCAGAAGCAGCAUCUACCAAUCUUCUCUAAUCGGAUUGACUCUCUGGUUCAUGAAUAUCCUAACCAGUUUGUUGCAAGCCAGGUGUCUUUGUUUCAUCAAUCAGCCUUUAGUUCUUCUCCCUUUCAACGAUUUGGAUUUUCUUCAUCAGCAUCCGCUGAGCUCAAUGAAAAGGAACAGGGGAGCAGUUUCGAUAAUAAUGUUGCUUCAUCAAAUGUUGAACCAGAAAAACCAAAUGGAGAUGCAAAGCCUUCUGAUCAGGUAGAAGAUCCAUCUCCUGGAGAGACCAAACAGUCAGAUUCAGAAGCUGAAGGUGAUCUGUCAAUGGAUGAUUUGGUGAAGCUUGUGGCGGAAAAGGAAGAACUUUUGAAGUUGAAGCACAAAGAGAUAGAAAAAAUGCAAGAUAAAGUUCUUCGCAUUUAUGCAGAAAUGGAGAAUGUAAUGGAAAGGACAAAACGUGAAGCAGAGAACUCUAAAAAGUUUGCCAUACAGAAUUUCGCAAAGAGUCUACUAGAUGUUGCAGACAAUUUGAGAAGAGCUUCAUCAGUUGUCAAAGACAGUUAUUCAAAAAUUGAUGCAUCUACUGACACUGCUGGGGCAGUGCCACUUCUUAAGACCCUUUUGGAAGGUGUUGAAAUGACUGAGAAACAGCUGGCAGAGGUAUUUAGGAAAUUUGGAGUAGAAAAGUUUGAUCCAAUAAAUGAGCCAUUCGAUCCACAUAGACAUAAUGCAGUGUUCCAGGUACCAGAUGCUUCUAAGCCUCCAGGCACUGUUGCAGCGGUACUAAAGGCAGGAUACACUUUGUAUGAUCGUAUUAUUCGGCCGGCUGAAGUUGGCGUUACAAAGGCAGAAGAGAAUGAUACCGAGUAAAAAGAAUGAGGUGAUAAUGCUUGAACACAUGGAUAGGAUAUAGAUUCAAAAAGUUUUGCAUUUGGGGGAGAAAAAUAGAAUGUAUUGCUUUCUUGCCACGGAUUAGACAACUGUUAUUUAGUGGACUUAUUACUAGAGGUAGAGGGCCAUUGGUAUGAAAAUUCUUUUUAAGCGGAUGAUACAGUUUUCUAGGAUUAACUUCCCAUUCCUUUCAAAGAAGAAUUGUUAUGAUCUCUUUCCUAGGUUCGAGUCACAAGCCUAUUCUUUCUUCGACCUAUUGUUGCUAAAAUGUGAGCUCGAUAAAAGAGAGCUCUAAUCUUAAACUCUUUGGAGAAGAGAGAGUUCAAAUCUCAAUUUAGUUGAAAAUAAUUUUGUUUGAUAUUUUAUUAAUAA